AUGACAAAUAUCCGGAAAGCUUACUUGGCCGAAAGGAAAAGAAAAAACCGUUCCAGAAGACACGCCGAUAAGCGAACAAGUGAAUUGUCCCUGACCGUUGACGAUACAGAUCGGACCUCUCGGAAUCAGGCGAGCGGUCCAAUGCCCAAUCUGGAGGUCGAUGAUGAUAAUGCUAAGCAGAACAUCACCACUUCAAGCAACUCCCAUCACCAUAAAGACUCCAUAAUAUGGUGCUCCAAACGAUACAUUCCCCUCGAACUCUAUCCACACAUGCUUGGCAAUGAGCCGGACCGUCCACCGACUCGAGCGGAGAUUGAUUAUUGUAACACGAAAGCAGCUCAGUUUAAGUAUUUCCACCAUGGAAAAGUUGUUAUCCACGAUAAAGACGAUGAAUCGAAAAUUAUCGCCAUAGCAGAGUUCACUCGUUGGGACGACAUAACGUCUGGCGAAGUCGAGGAUAUUGGUCAACUAACACGAUUCCUCCAUACUGCAAAGCGAUUUGUCAAUCCUGUCGACUCUGAAGGAAGGUCUUGGGGAGGAAGUAUGUUUGGAAUUGGAUGGAGAAAGGCAAUGGUUGCAUUUCAAUUAUUCGGCCGCUAUAGGAACAAAGCUGCCAUUGCAAAUGCCCCGGACAUUUACGAUAAUCUGAUGCGACAGUCUCCCAAGAUCUCUGGCAUGCUGGGUCGAAUCUUCAAACGACUAGCCAAUGUAGCGUUUGCCGAUAAUCAAGAGGUGAUGAAAGAAUUCGGCAUUCCUUCAAUUGGCCACCUAUCCUUUGGAAAGCCAAUCAAUGAUGAUGAUUGUGCCCCCAACCUCACGUUCACCACCAAUCGAUUCUUCAAUCCGCCACACUGUGACCCAGACGAUCUUUCAGAAUUCGCAUUUGGCAUGUUCAUUCCAGUUAACCGGACGGAUUUCUCAAUUGGUGGCGUGACCAGUCCAUCGAGAUUAAGUGGUGGUCAAUUUGUAUUUCCCGAUUAUCGAGUUGGAAUCGAUUUUUCUAAGCACAAUGGCUUCGUCAAGCUGGUGUGGAGAUCAAAAGAGGUCCGGCAUUGUACUCUGUUCUCGACAAAUGAUGAAAUGUUCGACCAACUUGGAAUGUCACUACAGAUCAACAAGAAGACGGCCACAGCUUCCCGAGACACUCACAGCGGUGCAAUUUUCAACCGACGUGCUUUCAGAGACAAGCCUCGCGACAUGUGUUACAUUGGCGAUCAUGCAACUUAUGUCAAAGGUGAAAGAUGA